UGUGGCUUAGAGCCAUUCAGCGGUCACAGACUUGUUUCAGAAGGCGGCCUAUGAUUGGCUCCGGCGGGUGCUCACGGGACGUCGACCAGAUUGCGGUUUACGAUUUGCCAGUUGGGUGUCUUUCCACACUUCUCCAAACCCUAGUAUUCUACCAAAACUGACUCUACUCACUCACUUUCAACCUUUACCAAUUCACCAAGAAUGCAUAUCGAGAUUGUACAAGCCGCCGAAUUCUUAUGUAGACUCUUGCAAACGAAGCUAGACCCUGAUCCUCUAUCCAAGUUCAAGGACAGACUGAUUGAAGUCCUGAAAUCCCGCUAUGCGGACCAUUGGGAUACGACACAGCCAUAUCGUGGAAAUGCAUAUAGAGCGAUUUCAAACUUCAGUGGAGUGAUGGACGAUGCAUUGUUAGCAGCUGCAAAGAAGGCCGAUAUUGAUGCUAAAUUACUUCACUCAUAUCUUCCGCGGGAUUUCGUUCUUUGGAUCGAUCCAUUUUCCGUUGCAUAUCGCGUUGGUGAUCACGGAAACAUCAUGACCUUAUUUGAAGAUCGUUCAAGAGGCCGUAUCACCUUCAAGGUUGAUCCUGCAUCAAACCAUACUGAAAGCCUUAUGAACGGUAGCCCAGCCCUCCCUGCUUCCGUUAUCAAUGGUGCUUUCAAAAGUCCUGUGAAUAGUCCUAGACUGCAACAUCUUCAGCCUCGAAGCAAUGCAGUUAGAAUAACCCCUCCUAAUAGUCCGGAAAAGAACGACCCAACCACCAAGAAAUCGCGAGGUCAAUCACAGACGUCACAGCAGCAACAAACAGGAGCACAGGAGCAGCAAAACCAACAGCUUGUUCUGGCAAAUUGAUCAAGGUGUUGAAG